AUGUCGGCUCGACCCCAAUCCGUGAACAACAAGCCCAAAAAGAAUCCUCGCAAGCAGGCCGAAAGACAGGAACUGCAGCUGCUGCAGCAGCGCGUUGAUGACUUUGUCGCACCGGACGAGCUGCAGCUCUUCGCCGAGUUGCCCCUGUCCUCUCCUACGCUGCAAGGCCUCAAGUGCGUCGCGACCACUACGCAAGCGAAGCGAAACCACACCGAAGCAAGUCAGUGUCGCUGACCCAGCUCUCGCGCUCGGAUUCCCCCUGCACAGGUCGGCCUACUACAGCAAGAUGACCGACAUUCAGAUCAAGGCGCUCCCGCUCGCACUCAAGGGGCUCGAUGUCCUCGGAGCAGCACGGACGGGCAGUGGCAAGACGUUGGCGUUCCUCAUCCCCGUCCUCGAGGUCCUGCUGAGAAAAAAGUGGGGUCCCAACGAUGGCCUCGGCGCGCUCAUCAUCAGUCCGACCCGAGAACUGGUCAGUCUUAUGAACUCCGCGAUCGAGUCGCGACCCCUACUUGGGCGCGUUUAGUGUGUAUGCUGACGGCUUCACUUCUUCUCCCUCCGUAUCCACCCCAGGCGGUGCAGAUUUUUGACGUGAUGCGCAAGAUCGGCCACAAACACUCAUUCUCGGCCGGGCUCGUCAUCGGCGGCAAGUCGCUCAAGGACGAGCAAGACAGGCUCUCGCGCAUGAAUAUCCUCGUCGCGACUCCCGGUCGAUUGCUUCAGCACAUGGACCAGACGCUCGGCUUCGAGUGCGACCAACUUCAAAUCCUUGUCCUCGACGAAGCCGACCGGAUCCUCGACAUGGGUUUCCAGGCCUCGCUCAACGCUAUCGUAGCGAAUUUGCCGAAGCAGCGCCAGACCUUACUCUUUUCGGCGACACACACCAAGAGCGUCAAAGACCUCGCGAGGCUUUCGCUCAAGGACCCGCAGUACGUCGCCGUUCGCGAAGGGAUGGCGUCCGUCAAGGGUAAGGAAAAGGCCGAGGACGGGGCGGAGGACUUCAACUCUGCCCAGGCAACGCCCAAGAACCUCGAACAGCACUACAUGGUCGUCGAACUGAACGAAAAGAUGGACGUACUGUGGUCGUUCAUAAAGACGCAUCUCUUCACCAAGACGAUCGUGUUUCUUUCUAGUGGCAAACAAGUGAGUCGAAUUCUCCCACACCAGUCUCAGCCAAACUAGCCGACGAAGGUCUGAACAUGCCCGAGCAGGUUCGCUUCGUCUACGAAAACUUUCGUCACUUGCGACCAGGUGUACCGCUGCUGCACAUGCACGGCAAGCAGAAACAGAUGCAACGCCUCGAUAUCUACCAGCGCUUCAUCUCGGCCAAACAUUCGAUCUUGUUCGCGACCGACAUCGCUGCGCGCGGUCUUGAUUUCCCCUCGGUCGACUGGGUUGUGCAGGUCGACUGCCCCGAGGACGUCGAGACGUACAUCCACCGCGUCGGUCGAACGGCGAGGUACGUGUCCAAAGGCAAGGCGCUCUUGUUUUUGUUACCGAGUGAAGAGGCGGGGAUGGUGAAGCGGCUCGAAGCGAAAAAAGUCGACAUUGGCAAGAUCAAGGCCAACGCCGCGAAGCGACAGAGCGUGCAGAGCCAAUUGCAAAACGCAGCGUUUCAGUUCCCCGAAAUCAAAUUUUUGGCACAACGAGUGAGCAGCGCCGCGGUGGGAGAUGUCCCAUGCACUAUUGACAUGGCGAAAGAAUUCUUCCCCCAGGCUUUCAUCUCCUACGCGCGGUCCAUCUACCUGCAAAAGGACAAGACCAUCUUCAAUCUCGACGACCUGCCGCUCGAGGCGUUCGCGACCUCGCUCGGUCUCGCCGGUGCUCCCAGAAUCAAAUUCGUAAGCAAGCAAGCAGCCUCGGCCAAGAAGAACGCGGUGCGACAGUUCGAGGUUCUGAAGAAGGAUGCGAGGGCGAAGGUCGCAGGAUCGGACCACGAGGACGACAGCGAAGAGGAGAGUGAAGGAUCAGUUUUCAGAUCAGGCUCCCAUUUUGGUUCUGGCUCGGAUGAGGAUGAGAUAAGUGGUGGCGAAAAAAGCGAGGCUGGAGACGAUGAGCGUACCACAGCGAAUGCACCAGACGGAAAAGUGAGUCUCGUUGAUCCGAGCGCAUGGCUAUCUACCUAGCUGAACAUGCCCGUUGACGAUCACGUGCAGGAAAAGAACGGCGGUGUCAAGACCAAGUACGAUCGAAUGUUUAGCCGCAAGAGUCAAACCAUCCUGUCGGACCACUACUCCAAACUUGUCGAUCGAUCUUCGGACGAAGAGGACGGGGGUGCGGGUCGAACAGCCCUCACUGGCGACCUCGGUGCCGACGGCGGCGAUGGCGAUGACUUUAUCACGCUCAAACGUCGCGACCACACCAUCGAAGGGGACCAACUUCCCGAGUGGCACUUCAUUUCGAAACGCAAGCUCAAGAUGGGGCAGUCGAAAAAGGCCAUGCUGAGCAAGCACGGCAACCCGACCAAACUCGUCUUCGACGACGAUGGCGAGGCCCGGCAAAUCUACGCGCUCAAGGACGAGGAACACUUCAAGGCCGAGGGCGACGCCGCCGAGCAGCGAGCCAAGUUCGUCGAGGAGGAACGACAACGGUUGGCCAAGGCCGAUGUGGUGGACAAGGAGCGAGCUAAGGAGAAGCGACGAGAGAAGAAGAGGAAGCACAAGGACUACGAUGGCGCGUACGAGGACGAGGGAGGCGUUGAGGUUGGCGACCUGUCCGACGCCGACGAUGGCUACGUCUCGCCUGAUUUCAACCUACCCGAUCUCGGCACGAGCGAGGAAGCAGACGGUCCACUGUGGUAUAAAGCCCAGGACCGCAAGACGGCAGAGACAUCGGCGACGGCUGCACCAAGCGAGAAGAGGAAUAAGCGUCAGCGCAGGACCGGACGCAGUGAUGCUUCGGCAGCGGCGGAGCCGGCGGUGGAUCUGGAAGCGCUUGCUCUGCAAGCUUUGGGCGGAAAGUAG